GUUCAAGUCCACCAUCUAGCUUGGUACAGGGGAUUCUACCUGUACCAAGGGAUUCCUGGCAAGGAGAAGAAGAGAGAAUCUCCAGAAACAAAUUUCCUGUAUCUCUACACCCCAUCAAGAAUCUGGAUUCUGGAGGCCAGCUUUUAUAGCGCAUCCAUAGGAAGCGUCUCCACUACAGCCUUUCACCACACAGGAGACAGACUGAAGAUGUAGGCAGCUGGCAAAUGUGAAAGCAAUGAAGAGGUGUUCCGAGGUUGACAGUGCUUUUUAUAGUACGCGCGUUUUCUGGGAAAGGCAUAAGAAGGGAGAUAAACAGGAGAUGAUUGUGGCAAGCUGAGAAGUAGCUGUAGCAGACCAAGAUGUUCCAAAGAGAUCACAGCAAUAAGAUCCUCAGGCUCCAUCAGCCACCAGCUGAUCACAUUGCAGCAGCGUAGGUGUUGCCAUGAGGAUCAGGAGAUGUCCUGUCUGCUUCGCAGCUUGUCUUUUGGUCCUGCUGGGUAAACACCAGAGAGAGCCCAAUAUAGAGGCAGAGCACCCAUUUUAAGAGAGCUGACAAGCCAGUUCCUGCACAUACAUGCAUCUGUGUAAGAGUCCUCCAAGUCCAGGGGCCUCAGUGGCACUGUAUGGAUGUAAGAACUGUUGCCUGUGUGGGGUUAGACUCUGCUUUUUGAGAAAUGAUGCUCCGACGAGGAUUUAUUCUAUUUCUCCCCCGACUUGUAGGCCUGCUGGUGGUGGCCUGUUGCUCGGUGUCUAUUGUUUAUAUGUUGGCUUGCACACCCAAGGGUGACAACCAGCAGCUUGCCUUGCCCAGGGUGCACAGUCUGACUGUGAAGGAGGGAUAUGAAGCCAUUCUGCAAGAACGAGAAGAGCAACACCGCAACUACAUCAUCAGCUUGAAGAAACAAAUUGCCCAGCUGAAGGCUGAGCUCCAGGGCAGGAGCGAGCAGCUUAAGAACAUGCAGGACCAGUACCCAGACCCCUUGGACAUUCAGCUUGACCACAGUAACCCAGAGAAGGCCCAGGCUAACCUGCUGGCUUUCCUCCAUUCCCAAAUAGACAAAGCAGAGGUGCACAGCGGUGUUAAGCUGUCCACGGAGUAUGCGGCCGUGCCCUUUGAGAGCUUUACCCUGCAGAAAGUGUACCAACUGGAGACAGGGCUGACGCGCCACCCAGAAGAGAAACCUGUAAGGAAGGAUAAGCGAGAUGAGUUGAUAGAGGUGAUUGAGUUAGCUAUUGGGAGUUUGAACAAUCCAGAGGGGGCCGGCAAUGCCAAACACCGUGUAUACACAGCCUCCGACUUCGUUGAAGGGAUCUACCGCACAGAAAAAGACAAAGGCACAUUGUAUGAGCUGACUUUCAAAGGAGACACAAAACAUCAGUUCAAGAAGAUUGUUUUAUUCCGGCCAUUCGGUCCUGUAAUGAAAGUGAAAAAUGAAAAUGUCAAUAUGGCUGACACACUUAUUAAUGUCAUUGUGCCACUGGCCAAGAGAGCCAGCAAAUUUCGGCAAUUCAUGCAGAAUUUCAGGGAAAUGGGCAUUCAGCAGGAUGGGAGAAUUCACCUCACUGUAGUUUACUUUGGAAAAGAACAAAUGAACGAAGUCAAAUCGAUACUUGAAAAUACCUCCAAGUCAGCCAACUUCAAGAACUUCACGUUCAUCCAGUUGAAUGAAGAAUUUUCCAGGGGCAAAGGAUUAGAUGUUGGUGCUCGAUUUUGGAAAGGAAACAAUGUUGUUCUCUUUUUUUGCGACGUGGACAUAUACUUCACAGCUGAAUUCCUGAACUCCUGUAGACUGAACACACAGCCAGGGAAGAAGGUGUUUUAUCCUGUUCUCUUCAGCCAGUAUAAUCCCAGUAUAAUUUAUGGCCACCAUGAUUCCAUCCCAUCUUUAGAACAGCAGCUGAUUAUUAAAAAAGAAACUGGAUUUUGGAGAGACUUUGGAUUUGGGAUGACUUGCCAGUACAGAUCUGAUUUUAUCAACAUAGGUGGCUUUGAUCUGGACAUUAAAGGCUGGGGUGGUGAAGAUGUACAUCUGUACCGCAAAUACCUUCACAGCAACCUCAUCGUGAUCCGAACACCUGUCAGGGGUCUCUUCCACCUGUGGCAUGAAAAGCAAUGUCCAGAUGAGCUGACCCCAGAGCAAUACAAAAUGUGCAUGCAGUCCAAGGCCAUGAACGAGGCUUCUCAUAGCCAGCUCGGGAUGCUUGUUUUCAAGCAAGAGAUUGAGACACAUCUGCACAGACAGAAAGUGAGCAGUAAGAAGACAUGAAGCCAGAAAGGGAGGCAAAAAGCCUCUGAAUUGGACUACAGGGUGUUUUGGAAAAGAGUUUCUAACAAAAAAGACAGUAUGAGUCUGAAAGAGGAUGGAGAUUCCAGCGGGAUGGCAGCAAAAGAAGAUGAGAGAAAGUGCUUGGCCUCCUUUCUUCUGUUUUGUUUUGGUUUUGUUUUUUUUUUUUUUGUAAUAAGGAUUUUAAGCACUCCUUUAGCCUGACUGUUCAGCACUUGCUUCUGGGGGAGACUUGAACACUUGGUGAGAUUUAAGGUCACAGAGACAAUGAACAUUACAUAAAUGCCAGUGUGGUAUUCACAAGAACAAAUGGAUGUGCUCUUCCGCUGAAAUGUUUAUAAUGUGUACAGUUAUUUAAAGGAUUGACCCUUUGGUUGGCCAAUAAUAAUGAGUUAUUGCCUAUAUCUAACCUGACAUAUCUGAAAAGGGUUAUUUUUGAAUAAGUACAGAGCUCCUGCUCUGAGAAGCACAUCUGAUUGUUAACGAUGGUUAAGCUGGAGUGACCAAAAAUCUUUUUCCCUUCAGGGGCUGGGGUGGGGGGACAGCAGCAGUGCACUAACAGGGUAUUUCUGGUUCAUUCAGAGACAAGAGGCAUCUCAGAAAGUGCUUUCUAAAAUUCCAAAAGAGAAAGCCCUACCGGUCAAGUAUGAUGUUUCAAAAAUGCUGGAGGGUAGCGUUUGUUGUCUUCUGUGGACAGUGAACCAAAAGCAAUGAGCCAUGUCUGUAUUACAUGAAUCAGAUGGUAUAUUUCUACUUUAGAAUACUCCUUACUAGGAAAUGGUACAGCCUUCCAACACUUGGAAAAUGCUCUGCAGAUCUGUGUUUCCUGUGGAUGAGAACUGGGUUCAGAUAAGUGAAGUGAUUUUUCUACACAACCUGGGUGCUGGAAGGCAGAAACUUUACAAUGCUGAAGAAAAGGAAAUACCUAUCAACUUGCAGUACUGAUUUAGCAGGAGGCUUUAAACUCUGAAUGUCAGAUACCAAAAUUGAUGAACACUUUCUGACUUUAUACCAAAGUAUUCCUUCUAAACCAAAUCUACAAUCUUGCCGAGGGCAUAGCAAGCUUUUUGUAAUUAACAAAAUAAAUUUUUGUGAUGGAUUACUGGGCCCUGCAAAUUAUCUUCUGAUAAUUAUAGGUGCAUCCUAAAAAUUAGUCUCCUUCUUAAUAGAUUUUUUUCAAUAGCCCAAAACUGUUGAAAGCAUGAGUUACUGCUCUUAUAAAGCAUUUUCUUUUAAUGCUGACUGCUGUUUAUCAUUUUAAUAUAUACUAGUCAACAAAAACUGCGUGAGCUUGGAAAUCCCAUUUGUUUACCUAAAAACUGUUUCUCCGAGUGGUCUCUUUGUUUUAUAGCUUCAGAUUAAUUCAAGGCAGUCUGAAACCAGAUUCUAAUUUGGUUUUUGGCUUGUAAAAGCUGGGGGAAGAAAUAUGCAAGAUGGCACUGAACAAUGAAUAAAACGCUGUUUGUCAUGCCACUGUGUAGUAGGAAGAGUGCUUAUUGCAUGCAGAAUCUGCAGAGACCAUGCUACUAGAUGCUGUUCCUCCUGCCAGGAAUAAUACUGUCUUUGUAGUUCCUGUUUCUUGGCUGCAGAAGCCAGUUUGGCAAGAGGUGAGAUUGAAUCAAUGAUGGAGAGAGCCAGCCCACAGUCAUUGGCCACCUCAGUGAUGUGCAGGAGAAUCUAAUCACAGCAGAAGUCUGGCAGGGCUCUCUUAAAGGUGGAGACUGCACUGAUAUGAGAGGUGAAGAACAACAUGAGAACAGGAAGCUGCUGUUAGCUACGUUUCUAGAAGCUAAGGGGAGCUGUAACAGGUCUUUCAGACCACUUAGAAAAAGGUGGAAUCCAAAGAGAGCAGCCAACAGAACCAUAGCUUUUGCCAGGCAGCUCUCUACCUUCCUUGUCCCAGAAACAGCUUGUGAUCUUUCUCAGAAUGGCAACUGACUGGAUCUCAGUUGGGGUGGGAAGACAGAUCACCCUGUGUAGACGGGGAGGCCGUAUGGGGACUCCUUGCUUUAAUUUUUGACGAUUGUUGCAUGCUCUGGCUAAAGGCAUACAGGCAUGGGGCAAAACAAAUUUCCAUAUCCUUCCAGGUGUCAUGAAUUCCAGCAAGCAAUUUUCAAAUGUGAUUAUUCCUGUAAUCCUUGCACAGCAUCCCUUGAAGAAAGAACGAUUCUACAGAGAAGCUCCCCAAGACAAGCCAGCGCCCUUGAUUCCUGACCACUGCAAGUCAUCCUUGCUCCACAGACUUUCAGGUACAUUUUGUAUUCCCAUGAAGAUCUGUCUCACCUAGGACUCCUGGUUGUGGAUGUACAGACCGUGUUACAGAAGAGUCAGUCCCUCUGAAAUGCAAGAGAGAGAGAACAUAGUCACUGCUCUCUGAGCAUCUUGCAAGGAAGCUGCACAUGAGCAGAGAGCACUGCUGCAAUGAAGCAAUGUGUAUGCAGGCAGCUAUCACAUCUCCAAAUCAGAUGGCCGCAUAUGAUUUAUCUGAAGGAUGCUCGCCCAUCACCCAGACCCAGACGUCGUUGUCAGCGCCGAGCUUCCAUGUCACUGACUUCCCGUUGGCUGGAAAAGAAGCA